GUUGCUGUUGUUGCUGAUAGCCUGGCUUAGCUUUGUUUGGGCCUUUGCCAAAAACUAAGGAUAGAGCGCGGGCAUUCAGCCAGGCUUCAGGCUGAAGCACGGACAGCUUCCUCAUUCUUUAUGAUUAGUUAAUGGGAUUCAAUUUCAUUUGAAAUUGUCCGCCACAGAGCGUAGCAAUCGCAGCUGCCGCAGCUUCCUUUCACUGAUUACAUAAGUCACGUUCUUGGGGAAACACUUGUUGGUUGGUUCGUUCGUUCUCCCCGCAGAACGAGGCACGUAGCCCAGCGGGCGAAAAGAGGGGGGGUGAAUCACAGUUGUGCCAUUACGAACUUGGCAAAAUGAAUUGAGUAUAGGCGGAGGAGGCAGAAUCCUCGUAUGGCAGUAGUUGAGUUUACAUUUACAUUCAGCCUCCAUAAAUUGAUUGGGUGGGUGGGUGCGAAAAGCGUUGCCUGCUUAUGUGGGCACGCCGGCACAGCAACAAGAGCAGCACCGUGCGAUGUGCGAGUAAAUGCAAAAUUUCCCACUAAAGUGCCGACACGGAAAAGUACGAGUAUACAAGUGUGCAUUCUAAGAAUAACAAAGAAGACAAGUGGGAUAAAAACAGCAACGGUUACGGUUACGGUUACGGUGUAAAGUGCCACAGCAAACACAGCCAGAAAGCAGAAGGAACAAACAAACGAACGAAUACCGAAAGCAACCCCAAACAAACAUCGGUGAAGGUUGUCCCACGGUGUGGUGUGCCCCUCCAAAUCCGGAGAGUGUAUGUGUCCGGGACUGAGUGCGGCUGUGUGGGUAAGAGGGAGUGCCGAGAGGCAAGUGCAAGAAAUGUGCAAAGUAAUGUGCUGCAACUAAAGUGAAAUGCCAUCCGUGAAAUCCCCUAAAAGUGAAAUUCUUCCUGGGAUUAUUAGAAGCGACAGCGGCAGCUACAGCUACAGACCAAGGAGCACCACAACCAGCUACAGGAUCAUCGGAACUACCAGCAGCAGCAGCAUGACAAACGGCCAUUCCUUGCGCCUCCGUCUCCUGCUGUUGAGCAACAUUUUCGGAUUACUCAGCCGGACCCAGGCUUUACCAUUCGAGUAUUUAGAUGAGCACGACGACUUCAACUAUGACCUGGACACGGCCCAAUCCCAGGCCAAGUACGACGCGCGCCUUCUGUCCCAGCAAAUGCUCAGCGACACCGAGCUGCGCCAGCAGGCCGGAGCGACAGGCCUCGAAUCAGAGUCCACCUUGGACCCCCACACUCUGAGAGCUCAGGGAGGGCGCUCUGAUGGCUCAGUCGAGGAUUUGGAGCCGCACAGUCGGGCAGCCGCCUGCUUCACUAACGGCCACAAGUACACACAUGGACAGAAGGUGCCGCGCCAGGAUGCCUGCGAGGUGUGCCUCUGCAUGGACGGAGAAAUCUUCUGCUGGUGGGAGCGCUGCGAUAAGACCAAUGCAAACAAGGUGAAGGAAAUGGCGGCAGGAAACGACAAAGACAACGACAACGACAAUGGCAUUGGCAAUGGCAAAGUCAAAGCCAAUGGAGGUGGGGUUAUUUCUGGUGUUGGCUUCGGCUUUGGCUUUGGCUUUGGUGGUGGCGGUGGCGGUGGCGAUGGUGCUGCUGCUGGUGUUGGUGACUAUUCAGAUCCAUAUCGCUAUGAGAGCACCACGAGAAAGUCAACAAAAGUGCAUAAAACGGCUGGGAAAGUUGGCAAGCGGCGCAAGCAUCGUAGGAAUCAAAAGAAUUUUAAUGACUACGAAGUUUUCCAGAGCCACAAGCAGCAGCAGCCGCAGCAGCAGCCACAGGAUUAUAAAAAGUCAGCCAUAAAGCAGCAACAGCAGCAGCAGAAGUACGAGCAUCAGAUACAAAAACAAAAGACUGGCGAUGCCACCAACUACAAUAUAAUCAAGCAACACAAACACGAGCAGCACCAGAAGUUGCCCGAGAAGGAGCAGCAACAGGAGCAGGAGCAGGAGCAAGAACAGAGUGCUGUAGCCCCGCCAGUUAAUCAGGCGGCGGCAAAGAAAACGCAUUAUCAACAGCCAGCAACAACUAUUGCCACGCCCUCGCACCAGCAGGAGCAGCAGCAGCAACAUAGCUCCCAUCCCCACAAGCCUCCACAUUCGUCCAGCAAGAUCUUAAAUUUCCCCGAAAACUUGCCGGCCCUGCUUUAUUACGACUACAAGACGGAGGAGCACGAGCACCAUCAGCAUCAGCAUCAUCAGCAGCACUUGCUGCAUGAAAAGCAACGCUUGCAACAUCAACAAGAGGCGUUGGCCCGACAAAAGCCACCAGCAGAUGCAGGCGUUGAACUCCAUACCGACUUGGGCGUUGAUAAAAACUUUGAUGAUGCGGAAACCGACAGCGAUAUUUUGCCAGAGCCGCCAACAAAGCGCCCCAAGGCAGCGCCCACACAAUGGACAACGAGUAGCAGCCCCAGGAGCAGCAUGGCCAAGGCGUUGAUGACAAACCAGGCAGCGACGUCCACAACGGCGACAACAACAACAACAACAACAACAAUGAGAACGACUACGACGACAGGAACAAAUGGCAAUGCGACGGGCAGACUGUCUAGUCGGGACAGUGGAAGAGCUGAAGCUGAAGCUGGAGAUGGGGCCACAGUUGCAGCCACAAAUCUGCAACCGGAUAGGAGCGGUGGCAAGGACCUGGAUGAUGCGUUCCAUCGGUGGCUGACAUCGACGGAGCUGAAUGCUGACAGCACAAACACGCCGGACGAUGCCUCGGAGCAGGAAACAGCAGCAUCGACAAUAAUCGAUGAUGUUGCCAUCAGAAACAAGAGUGACAGCGGCAGUGGGAAUGGGAGAAGUGGCAGCAGUAGCAGCAGCAGCAGCAGCAGCAAAGACAAUGCCAGGAACAACAACAAUGUUGCCGAUGCUGUCUUCUUCCGCAGCUCGUACAAUGAUUACAGCAGCGAAUUCAAUGGGAGUGUUGUCAACAUUGACAUUACACUAACUGCAGUUGAUGUGCAUCCCCGUCGCCAAACGGAUUUAAUUGCAAAUGGCAACAGAACGUCACGUGUGAGCACAGAGGCAACGCCAGGAAUCGCAGAAACUCCAGGAACAACAGCAGGGGCAACAAUGGACCCACAGGCGACCGACAGGAGGAGCUCCGUAACCAUCGCCAGCACCACCAGACCACCCACCAGCAUCAGUAACAACAACAGCAACAAUCAGGAUCAACCUCAGGCGACUGGCAGCCCAGCGGUGCCACCGUAUACACUGACAACGAUUAUAACAACAGUGCCGCUGGCACCAGGGCGUAUGUGCAAUGUUUUGGGCAAACUGUAUAAAAUUGGCGACAUUCUGCCCCAGGAUACGGGCAACUGUCUGCAGUGCAUUUGCACGGAUGCGGUGACGCCCGACGAGAUGCCGAGCGUCACCUGCAGUCCCCACAACUGCCCGCCCCUGGUGCUGCCGGAUCUGUUCGAUGCGACUGGUUACUGAGGUUACGGGCUGGUGCUGUAAGCUGGGUGCCGGGCUGGGUUCCGGUCACAGGGAUGGCGGCAAUAAUGAAAUGAUUGCAUUGAUCAAGCCGUAAAUUCGAUUGGCAACUGUAAGCCGCAGCUGCAGCAGAGGAAGCGACUUGGGUAGAGCUAAUUUUCAGUCAGACUCUCAACUAACUCAAGCAUAAAUUGUAUGGAUUUCAAUGUAAAGCCCUCCCUAUCACGAGUGUCUCUAGGCACUCUCUAAAAACGAAUACCUAUCAGCAAACAUACAUAUAUCUGAUUCAAAUAUACGAGUAUAUACCGAUCAACCGAGAGAGAGAGAGAACGGGCGUAGUCUAGUUUGUAAGCUGAAUAUUUAUGCAUUUUAUAAGAAUGCGAAGUAUCUCUCUCCUUCAAGUAGUGGAUCAACACCACAAUCCCCAAAAAGCAAGCAAGCAAGCAACCAACCAUUGAUGUAUACAGCAGUAGAAAUUUUAAAGAAUUUAUAGAUGUACUUCUGCAGAAUAUAUACAUACUAUACACAUAUAUAAAAAUCGAUACCUACAUAUACCUAUAACUAUAUCUACGAGUAUGUAUGUAUUGAAUUCAUUUUCGACUUCAUUUCAUGACUGAGACAAUGGAGUGCAAGGUUUUUCAUAUACGAUUUAUCGGAGGGGGAAAAAGCAAACAUACAAAUACAAGUAUAGGCAACUAAAUCUAUAACGAAAAAAACUGAACAAUGACAAAUAAUGAAUUGUGUAAUAUUAUAAUUUAUAUGUUAACGGAAUCAGAACAAUGUAUGUAUUCCUUAUUUGCUCACGAAAUAUCAUUUUUUCACGCUUCCGUUGGACAUUUAAAUAUACGUUACGAAAAACCACAAAAUAUAUUAGAUAUUACGAAUAAAUAUGGAAAUUGUUUUAACAAAGCUGAAAGGAGCAAAGAAAGACACCAUAUCGAGUAAAACUAACAGUUUUAAGACACAAGACCCCACAAUACAAUAUAGUAUAUGUAUGUUUAAACUUUAAUGAUACGAUUAUAUGCAUGUGUGUAUACUUAGUGAGUCUCAUAUACAUGUCUACGAGUAGUUUGAGAAUCGAAUGAAUGCAGAUUUUUCAAAUGACUUCGUUUUACGUUCAUUUAAUUUCAAAGCAAGUUUAGGCGUGAUAACCAUCGAUUAAUUCGGAGAGAGUAAAAUUAAGUGAACUAUACUUGAAAAGUAGACAUUUAAAUUUCGAAUACGUACAUACAUACGUAUAUAUGGAUAAAGAGAAAUCCAAGCCGAGCUCCAUGGAGAUUUAUACGAGUACACAUGUGUGUGUGCUCGGCCAGCUCUAGUCAAGAGCACUACACAGAAGUAUCAAAAUCAAAAUGAAAAUCAAAUAAAAAUACAUAUACGUACGUAAAUACACAUGCAAAAAUAUUUAAUAUUGAUGUUCCACAGAAGAAGAGCAAAACAUAGAACAAAUUGAACUUCGGUAAAAGCGAAAGCACCACUUAAAUAUGCGUAUACAUACGAGUACAUACAUAUAUAUAAAUAUAUGGUAUUUGUGUAACAUAAAUGUAACUAAACUAGCUAAAGCUCUCUACUAAUACGAAUACAUGAUACAGAUACACUUGCGUUCAAAUUGAUUUUGUGUGUUUGAAUCAAAUUGAAAUCCAAUUGACGUGAAUAAACCGAAACCCAUCUAAGGACUUACAUAU